GUUUGGUUUUGGUUGUUGGGCCGAUAGCAUUGGUUGUAACGUUGCUGCCUAAACCCAACCCUGCCAGUCGUCGUCGUCGUCGUCCCCCAUUCAAAUUAUUAUACAUCAAAGGUAUUUCUUUUUGUCCGUGGUGUGGUGAAUGCUAUUCAACAAAAAAGAGGGAUAGUUUGGGCAGGUAGCUGAGCUAUGUAGUCAUACACUGAGGACUGACGGAGGUGAAAGAAGCUGCUAAAGGGAUGGAGUCAGUUAAAUUUCACCAAUUUAACUGACAGGAAAGAAUACUUGAACUGAUUUUGGAACUCUGGUUGAUGGUGACGGAUAAGCAAAUAGUAAAGUGAUCUGUGUGUGUACAUUCAUCAUGUAAAAGGAUACAUUAGGAAAGUCAACACCAGUUUAAGUGGUGGUGAAUGAGUGAGAAAUUGCAGUAAAAUUGUGUUCAUCAACCUUUUCCCCGUUCCUCGUCCCACUACUCGACAGUAAUAUCAAUAACAGUCAAAUUGAUGUGGCAAUAGGGGAAACAAAUUAUUAUAAAACCAUCGCAAAUAUUGUUGAUCGAUGUACUAACUGAUGUCUGAAUUCUGAUGUGUAACGGAGGAUGAUGGUCAACAAAAAUCAGUCCAUCUUUUGAAUCCCAAAACACUGCAAUUGAGACCAGAUAUUAAAAACCAAUUAAAAAAGACAAUAAUUGUGUGGUCCGUUUACAUAAUUCGUUACGCACAGGCAUAAUUUUACCCUGCUGGAUCUCACUGUGAUUACUAUACUACAAUAUAUAUAAAUUUUUUGUGCAAUUUUCCAAUAUUGUGUGGUCUCACAUAGCGAAAAAUAACUGAUUGUACCUAUAACACAGGAGAUUUUUAUAAUAACCAAGCUUCAAAAUAGAGAGAUUCAACUACGAGUCAAAUUAUAAUUGCCAAUAAAUUGUGUAAAUUGAUUAUGAUCAUUUCAUGUCUAGAGUGAAAGUGUGUACUGAAAAUCUGCCAUAAAUGACAUUCGUGAAUGCCUACACACACCUUCUUAAUUUGGAAUUAAGGAAAUGACCAUCUUUAAUGUCGUAAAUUUCAAUACAAUAAUCUCCAAAUUGACGUAGUUUUUUUUCACUCCAAUGCAAUUAACUACUAGAUCUCAAAUUUUGACUAAGCAUUAUUUUCGUACAUUAUUGAAAUAACUCGACUACUACAACACAGCGUCUACUAAAAAUUGCUAAAAGUAUUCGCACGUUACAGCAUUUUUUUUAAAUCAGUGGGUGACGGAAGACGGAGGACUCGUUAGUAAUCGCGAUGUGAUGUGAGCAGUUAUAAAAAUAAAUAAGCAACCAACGUCUCCAUUUAUUUGGAGUGGCCUGAAGAAUCAUAAUUGUUCAAAAUUGCCAUUGAUGCUAUUUCCCUUCCCUCAAACGAAACAGGAAAGGGAAACGGUUCAGGGGUUCGCUUGUGCGUUUUUGCGAGUAGUGUCUGUAGUACUAUUACCAUCAGUUCAACAGUGUGAAUUCAUAUUUAUGAAGAAUGGAAAACUUGUUUGCAGAAAAGCUCAUCAAAUAAAUCAUAAAUGUGUGGACGCGUAAAUGUAUAAAAAGAAGUUAAAUAAAUUGUGACGAGACUAUCGCUUUUUUCUAAAUAAUGGGAGCCAACUUGGCAAAAGGGGGAAAUGCAUUUUUGGAUGCUUUACCUGGCACUCAAAGUCCCCACCACGUCGUAAUGGUUGGACUUGAUUCCGCAGGAAAAACCACUGCUUUAUACCGUCUCAAAUUGGACUCGUAUUUAAAUACCGUACCGACGAUAGGUUUCAAUUGUGAACGUGUCAAAGGGACACGAGGAAAGUCGAAAAACGUAAACUUUGUGGUGUGGGAUGUGGGGGGCCAGGAGAAAUUGCGACCCUUGUGGAGAUCCUACACGCGACACACGGACGCAAUAAUUUUUGUACUAGACUCGUUAGACUUGGAGAGAUUCGAGGAGGCCAAGGUCGAGUUGGUCAGAACGGUCCGCUCUCACGACAAUCUCGGAGUCCCACUCCUUCUGCUCGCCAAUAAACAGGAUUUGCCCGGAGCCAAAGAACCUCAUGAAAUUGAAAGCCUACUACAGCUUAGGGAAACUCUGCCACACAACAGUCUGUAUCAUGUACAACCAGCCUGCGCCAUAACUGGCGAAGGGCUGGAUGAAGGAGUCGAAGUUUUAUACGAGAUGAUUUUGAAGAGAAGAAAGUUGAGGAAAAAGAAGAAAUAAUUUAGUUCUAGCCCUUAAUAAAUAUAAAUCAAUUACAUAUUAGUGUUUUCUAAUCAUUCGAAAAAGUUGGGUUAAUAGGCAAGCGAGCAAUCGACUUGCAAAAUCUUUACAAACUAAAUUAAGCUAAAUAUUAAGUUACUACUAACUUUUUCCUUACUUACUACGAAGGAAGAUUGACAAGCUCUUCUUUUCUGUCAGACCUUUAAGCAGGAAGGAAAUACAUGAAAUUAUUAUUAUCUCCCAAUACUUAUAUAAUGGCUAGUGGCAGCUACUACGUACAUUUAUACUGCAAAAUAUGUACAACCAUUUUUCGAUUGAUAUUUAACUUUCCGGUUCAGUAGCAUCUCAUUUUUUGUACUUUUUCUCUAGCACUCCCGAAACAAGUUUAUCUCAAAGGGCAAUGCAGAUGUACAUAAAUAAACUGAUAUUACAUUCAAAGUAAUUUAUGCGUUCUUUUGUUGACGAUCACUCGAUUUAGAGUGUACAUAUUUAAUCAUUAUCAGAAAUGUGAACUAACUGGUCAUUGCUAACUGGGAGAAUAAUUUUAAUGUUAUACACAUGUAUUUUACACAUUAUGCAAAAAAUAAUUGACAGACUGCUUAUAAAUAAGUUAUCUAUUGUUAAGUAAUAUUGUUACACUACGCGGCCGAAUUUAUGUUAGAUGCUGCCUUAUUUCAAUUAUUAAUCAAUUGAUCAAGUUUGGUAGAUAUUUAAAGACAAUCACCUAUAUAUUUUGUGGUAUUGGUCGAAACGUAUCGACCGUUGAACCGGAAUGAUUAGUUAAUUAAUUUAUUCUUCGCUACAUAUAACUGUUAAGAAGAAUGAAGGUAUGAUGAUGAAACUGUACGGACAAUCCCACUGACGAGUCAUCUAUAAUCCUAAUAAACCAAAGGAUGAGUGAGAGAGCUAGAUAUCAUCAUCCCACUUAUGGAACAUCUCAAAAGAACAAAUGGUGAAUGUGCUGGAGAGAAGAAACCUUACCAAGUAUGUAUCAUGUAUUUAACUAAUGAUAGUUAAUAAUAAAUUAAAAUGUUAAUUUUCUAGACUGUGUUCUUAGGAGUAAUAGAUACAUGCAUACAAAGAUACUUUUGUUACAAGUACGUACUUAAUAAGUAUAAGAUGAGAGGGACUCAUGAUUUAUAUGCUUUUGGAUAAAAUGGACGGAAACUACUUGUAUUUAGGGAGUGAUGAUACUACUAGGAAUUUGAUGAGCUCGACAAUUGAUUGAUAAUGAUACCUCUCAUAGAUUUAUGUGAAAUAUAAAAAGUAAAUGAACUAUAGAAUACCGAGAGAUUUUUUGGAUAUUAAUCCCAACCAAAAAGUUGGAUUAUUGUUUCUAUUUAAAUAUGUGUCUUCAAAUUAGUCGACCUCAACGUGAGAGAAACCGUGUUACGCUAAUAAAUCAGCGAAUGAUAAAAUAUAAUAAAUAUUUAUCGUAUUUCGA